AAAGUAGUUUCCAUGACAAUCAAUGAAUGAAAUGAAAUGAUGAUAACUAACAUGAGAACAAUCACUCUUCUUCUUCUUCUACUCUUCCUCCUCUAUGAUUUUUUGCAGGCGCAUUCUGCACAAGAUACUCUAAUCACCGGCCAAAGCAUACCUAGAACUACAAAAGUUCUUGCUUCAGCUGGUGAAAAAUUCGUACUAGGCUUCUUCUCUCCUCUGGAAAACCCAAGUCAAAGUUACCUCGGAAUAUGGUACAACACCAACAGAACUUACCCAGGAAAAACAGUAAUGGUUUGGGUUGCAAAUAGAGACAAUCCUGUUCUGGGUUCCAAUGGUGGAGGAGUCUUCCAAAUUGCACAAGAUGGAAAUCUUCUAGUCACAAAUGAAUCAGGGUCAACGUUCUGGUCUUCUAAACUUGAUAAAUCCAGUUCCAAUAACAGAACAGUCAAGUUAACCGACUCUGGGAACUUAGUGUUGUUCCAGCAUGAUGAUGAUGGCAAUGGAACAAGCUACAUAAUUUGGCAAAGCUUUCAAGACCCAACAGACACGUUUCUUCCCGGAAUGGAAAUAGACAGAUCCAUGGAACUUACUUCUUGGAGAUACGACGGCAUUGGCGGUGGAAGAGAGAGCUUCUUCACCUUCAAGAUGUCUCAAACAGGAAACAACCGUUUCAGAAUCAUGGAUGGCCAAAACCAACUUCACUGGGAGAAUGAUGGACUCAAUUCCGAUGAUUUGUCCCCUGAUGUGCUUGACUACUUGACAAACUUCACCGGUGCAGAAAAUCGUCGAUCCAAGUAUGUCAACACAAACACUUCGAAAUCGUUGUACUAUUUAUACCAAGACACAAGGAUCGUGAUGAACUCUACAGGAGAGUUACAAUUUUGGAAGUGGGAAAAAUCUGAAUGGAUCAUGCAAUGGAAGCAGCCUUCAAGCAUAUGCAAGAUACACAAUUUCUGUGGUACCUUUAGCAGCUGCAACGUCCAUGAUUGGAUGCCAUGCAAGUGUUUGCCAGGGUUUAGGCUCGCUUCAGAGUAUGAAACUCAGAGCUAUGAAAUGGGGAUGAAAUUCCCAGGAUGUGUGAGAAAGUCAGAAUCCCAUGGCGACAAUAGAGACAUGGUGUUCCUCAAUUUACCUAACAUAAGACUCGAUGAGUUAGAUCAAAAGGAAUAUAACACAGAGACUGAAGCAGAAUGCAAGUUUUUGUGCUUUAACAUGUCUCAUCCACAGUGCCAGGCUUAUGCAUACAACACUUCUAACAACUAUCGUGUCGUUACUUCUUCUUCGUGUCAGAUUUGGACAAAUGAUUUAACUACUCUUCAAGUAGACCAAGUCGCUGGUGGUGAUCUUGCUGUUCUUGUCAAGAGUUCAGAUAUAGGGCGAACAGUGGCAUGUAAUCCUUGCGGAAUAUAUACAAUUCCUUAUCCGCUAAGUACAGGGCCAAACUGUGGAGACCCGGAAUACUAUAAGUUCAAUUGCAGCUACUCAACAGGGCAGGUAAGUUUCAUGAUGCCCGGAGGACAAUUGAAAAGAGUUACUUGGAUCGACGAAAAUGCCAGAAAGUUUUACAUCGAAACGGAUGAUACAUAUCAUUGUGAUUACAUCUAUCAAAAUGAAAAACCUGAUCCUCCAUUUGAUGUGACUAACUGGUGCUUUAAAGAGGAUCAAAUAGAGAUCAGUUGGCAACCGCCACUCGAACGACCUUGUAACGAGCCUAAUGACUGCAGGGGUUUUCCCCAUUCAAGAUGCAUGCCAACAAUUGAAGGGAAAAACAAGUGCCUUUGUGAUCCAAAAUAUCAAUGGAAUUCCUCAAUUUCAAAUUGUAUGCAAGAUGAGAAAUCAAAAAAUCAUUUGAGGGACCGAGUACAUUUGAUUCUCAUAGUAACUCUUGCUGGUGUGAUUUUUCUAGCAAGCACAAUGGUAUUUGCUUAUGUGAGGAGAAAAAAAGUGAUAGACAGGGAAAACAUUCAAAUUCAGGAGAGCUUGUAUGACACUGAAAGGCAUGUUAAAGCUUUAAUUGGUUUGGGACGUUUAGAAGAAAAAGACAGUAAAGGGAUUGAAGUGCCAUUUUACACUUUUGGAAGCAUUGUAGCAGCUACUGAUAAUUUCUCAGAUUCAAACAAGCUUGGACAAGGAGGUUAUGGACCAGUUUACAAGGCAAGGUUUCCUGGAGGUCAAGACAUUGCAGUAAAAAGGCUUUCAAGUGUUUCUACUCAAGGGUUAGAGGAGUUCAAGAAUGAGACUGUUUUAAUUGCCAAACUCCAACAUCGGAACCUUGUUAGACUCAGAGGCUACUGUGUAAAAGGGGAUGAAAAAAUCUUACUCUAUGAAUAUAUGCCAAACAAAAGUUUGGACUCAUUUAUAUUUGAUCGGACACGAACUCUGCUCCUGAACUGGCAAAUGCGAUUUGACAUAAUUUUGGGCAUUGCACGAGGAUUGCUAUAUCUUCACCAAGACUCUAUACUAAGAGUAAUUCAUAGAGAUCUAAAAACUAGCAACAUUCUUUUAGACAUGGAUAUGACACCAAAGAUUUCAGAUUUUGGACUUGCAAAAAUAUUUGGAGGAAAAGAAACUGAAGCAAGCACAGAGAGAGUCAUGGGAACAUAUGGAUAUAUGGCACCAGAGUAUGCUUUGGAUGGAUUUUUCUCAAUCAAAUCUGAUGUUUUCAGUUUUGGUGUAGUCAUAUUAGAGAUUCUAAGUGGAAAAAAGAACACAGGAUUCUAUCAAUUCAAACAAACUGUUACCCUUUUGGGAUAUGCAUGGGGAUUAUGGACAGAGAAUAGGCUUACGGAUUUAAUGGAUGCAUCUUUCAGUGGAAAUUGCAACGAGAAUCAAUUUAUCAAGUGUUCACAAAUUGCACUCUUGUGUGUGCAAGAUGAACCAGGUGAUCGACCAACCAUGUCAAAUGUUGUGACAAUGCUUGAUAGCGAGAUUGCAACCAUCCCUAUUCCUACACAACCAACAUUUUAUGCAGUUAGAAGGACUAGGAGCACUACUGCUUCUUCUUCAAGCAAACCAGAGACAACUAUGCCAUCCUGUUUGGCAAGAGAUUUCUUAAAUCCUGGCCAAAACAUAACUGGAACUACAAGUGUUCUUGUUUCAGCUGGACAAAGAUUUGUAUUAGGCUUCUUUUCUCCUGCUGGAAACCCAACAGAGACUUACCUUGGAAUAUGGUACUACCAAUCACAGACCUUCUCAUCAGAACUGCCGACAGUGGUAUGGGUGGCCAAUAGAGACAAACCAAUCUUGAAUUCCCAUGUUGGAGUGUUCCAAAUUGCAGGUGAUGGAAACCUUGUGGUCAAAGACAAAGACGGAUCAUCAAGCAAGAGUUAUUACUGGUCCUCUGAACUUGAAGGGUCUUCAUCAAGAAACAGGACAGUGAAGCUAAUGGAUUCAGGGAACCUAGUAUUGUUCCAAAACGAUGAGAAUAUAUGGCAGAGUUUCCAACACCCCACAGACACGUUUCUUCCGGGUAUGAAAAUGGACACAACCAUGGAACUAACUUGUUGGAGUGGUGACAGUGAUCCACGACCUGGGAACUUCACCUUCAAGAUCAUGUCUCAAACAGCAGGGGACAACCCUCGUUACAUAAUCUUGAAAAACAAUAAGCUCUAUUGGGAGAGUAGUGGACAAAACGAAGACUUGAAUCCAGAUUCAGAGUUUGAUGCUGUAGCUUACUUUUUGAGCAACUUCAGCUCUUCAACGAAACAAGGUAAUCUGAGUCCUACGAACUACGAGAAUAAAAGGCUAUUGAUGAAUUCAACUGGGGAGCUUCAGUUUCGAACAAGAGAGGGUUUCCAAGGUGAUUGGUCCUUUUUCUGGAAAGCUCCACAGAGCUUCUGCGACUCAUACAAUGCUUGCGGCAACUUCUCCACCUGCAAAGACAACAACGGGGAGCGAUGCAAGUGUUUACCGGGAUUUAACCAAGUUAGCGGAAGUAACUAUUGUGCUAGAAAAUCAGCGGCAUCAUCGUGGUGUGGAGAAGGCAUAAGGUUCUUGAAUUUGGUGAUGGUGAAAGUGCGAAACCCGGAUAUAUAUUACACGGAAGCAAAUGAAAGUGAUUGCAAGAACAAGUGCCUUCAAAUGUGCCCCAAGUGCCAGGCCUACUCUUAUAGUGUUCCUCAGGACACUACAAGGCGUGACCUUAGUUUCUCUACUUGCAGGAUUUGGACACACGAUUUAAUUACACUCCAAGAAGGAUACUUUGGCAGAAAUCUCUCUGUCCGGGUAGAUAUAUCAGACAUAGAAGCAACUCCAAGAAGUUGUGAGCCUUGCGGAGCAAACAUAGUCCCUUAUCCGUUGAGCACUGGACGGAAUUGUGGUGAUCCACUGUACUUCACUUUCAGUUGCAACCGCUCAACAGGAGACCUUAGUUUCGUACCUACUACGACAAGUGACGGUUACACAGUUAUUAGCAUUGACGCAGAUUCUAGAAAGUUCGUCAUCAAAGUCACUUCUGCGGAAACUUAUUGUAAUCUGCAAACUCGUAACGACAAAACUCUGCAAAUUCAUUUUCCGUUUAACGUGACUAACGAGUGCCGCACAGAAGAUGAAGUAGAGGUUACUUGGCUACCACCUUCUGAACCCAUCUGCAAUGAAUCAGUGGAUUGUAAGGGUUGGAACCACUCAACUUGUGAAAAAACAGGAGAUUCUAACAGGUGUCUUUGCAAUUCAAACUAUCGUUGGAAUAACGCUUCUCUUAAUUGUGAUAGUAACGAAGCAAUAGCCAUUGCUGGUGGUACAGAACAAAAGGUAAGAAAAGAAAACUCAAAAAGCCAAAAGUCUUUGAUUAUCGGAGUAACUCUUGGAAGUGUGGUUGUUCUGGCAUGUGCUGUAGUUUCUGCUUAUUUAUGUAGAAGGAAAAUAACUUACAAAAAAGACAAGGAUAAAAUUCAGAGAAAUCGAGGGAGAUUUUAUGACAGUGAGAGACAUGUGAAGGAUUUGAUGGAGGUUGAAGGAUUUGAAGAAAAAGACCAUGAAGACAUAGAAGUACCAUACUUUGAUUUUGAGAGCAUACUAAUAGCAACAGAUAACUUCUCUGAUGCAAAUAAGCUUGGACGAGGUGGUUAUGGACCGGUCUACAAGGGUAAGCUUCAAGAUGAAGUUGUUGCAGUAAAACGGCUUUCAAGUAUUUCAUCACAAGGUUUACUUGAGUUUAAGAAUGAGGUUGUUUUGAUAGCCAAAUUACAGCAUCGAAAUCUUGUAAGGCUAAGAGGCUAUUGCAUCAAAGGAGAAGAAAAGAUUUUACUCUAUGAGUAUAUGCCUAACAAAAGCUUAGACUCAUUUAUUUUCGAUCCUAAACAAAGUGUACAUUUGGAUUGGCAAAUACGGUUUGACAUCAUUUUAGGAGUUGCUCGAGGAAUAUUAUACCUUCAUCAAGACUCCAGACUAAGAGUAAUUCAUCGAGAUUUAAAAACUAGCAACAUUCUUUUGGAUAAAAUGAUGCAACCUAAAAUUUCAGAUUUUGGCUUGGCAAGAAUAGUAGGAGGCAAAGAAACUGAGACGAACACAGAGAGAGUAGUGGGUACUUAUGGAUAUAUGUCUCCUGAAUAUGCAUUAGAUGGACUCUUUUCGACCAAAUCUGAUGUUUUCAGCUUUGGUGUAGUCUUAUUAGAGAUUAUAAGUGGAAAAAAGAACACUGGAUUUUAUCAAUCCAGCCAAGUUCCAAGCCUUUUAGGCUACGCCUGGAAACUGUGGACAGAGAAUAAGUUGAUAGAUUUAAUGUACAUGAGCUUAGUAGAAAGUUGCACUGAGAAUCAGUUUAUUAGGUGUGCACAUGUUGCACUCUUGUGUGUCCAAGAUGAACCAGGUGACCGACCAAGCAUGUCAAGUGUAGUGACCAUGCUCGAUAGUGAGACUUCAACCCUUCCAACCCCAAAACAACCAACAUUUUUUGCCAGUAGAGGCCAACCCACAACUUCUUCCAGUAAAUCAACAGAAAUAAAUAUGCAAUUUGAGAGUACCACUCAUUAUCAGGAAGGUCGAUAGAGUAAGAAGGCUCAAGGCAUCAAAUGAUAUGUUUUUGCGUCUUCCGUGGAUCUGAAUCUGCUUUCUAAAGCGUUUGGUUCAUUUUUAUUGCAUUUCUUUGCAGCAAGUCCUAACCUCCAAAUUGAUCAAUGUUUGACGUAACUAUUGCCUUGCUAAGGGGUGCAUUUUUAUUCAAAUUGUAUUGAGACUAUUCACAGGGUAAAACAUGAAGAAACAAGGCUUUUCCUUAUGCAUAUCCUUAAUAACAUUGAAGUUGGUAAUGCUCAAAUAUAUAAAAAAGAAAAAAACUAAAAAAGUAAUCUUCUCUGCUGUAAAAAA